ACAACUAAACUAGUACGAAAUUGAACCAAAAUUCUCAUCAAACUUUCUAAAAUAACAAUAACGCUCGAGUAAACACUCAUCUCUAACCCAAAAUGAGCUGGUGGUGGGCUGGUGCUGUUGGCGCUGCUAAGAAGAAAUUUGACGAGAACGCGCAACCGCAAAGUUAUCAGAACGUGGGACUGAUUGUCGGCGUAACCGGAAUUGUGGGCAACAGUCUUGCUGAAAUUUUGCCACGAUCCGAUACGCCCGGUGGUCCAUGGAAGGUCUACGGUGUAGCCCGACGGCCCAAGCCCAACUGGUACGCCGAACGGGAUAGUUCUGUAGAAUACAUCCAGUGCGACCUAUCCAACUGGGAAGAUACCCAGGCCAAGCUCUCACAACUCAGUGAUGUCACCCACAUCUUCUACGUGUCCUGGACCAACCGAUCUACUGAAGCCGAAAAUUGCGAAAUCAACGGCGCCAUGUUCCGUAAUGUGCUACGGGCUGUGAUUCCUAAUGCGCCCAAUCUCCGACACGUUUGUCUCCAAACGGGAGCAAAACACUACGUGGGUGCUUUCGACUCAUUUGGCACGCCACAGUUCCAACCUCAUGAUACGCCUUUCACGGAGGAUUUGCCCAGGCUAAACACUCCAAACUUUUACUACACUCAAGAAGAUAUUUUGUUCGAAGAAGUUGAAAAGAAAGAAGGCCUGACGUGGUCCGUCCAUCGACCACAAUUAAUAUUUGGAUUUUCUCCAUAUAGUUACAUGAAUAUUAUAGGUACGCUUUGUGUAUAUGCAGCCAUAUGUAAACGCCAAAAUAUCCCUUUAAUAUUUCCUGGGACAAAAGAUGCUUGGGAGGGUUACUCAAUAGCUUCAGAUGCAGAACUGAUUGCAGAACAACAUAUUUGGGCGGCGGUGGAUCCGUAUGCAAGAAAUGAAGCGUUUAAUUGUAACAAUGGAGAUAUUUUUAAGUGGAAGCAUCUUUGGAAGGUGUUGGCGGAGGAAUUUGGAAUAGAGGAAUAUGGAUUUCCGGAGGGGGAUAGAGUGAGUUUAGUGGAGUUUAUGAAAGGCAAAGAAGGUGUAUGGGAGGAGAUUGUGAAAGAGAAUCAGCUACAGCCCACGAAAUUGGAGGAGGUUGGUGCGGGAUGGUUCACUGAUAUAAUUUUGAGUGGUGCGGCUUUUCUGGAUAGUAUGAAUAAGAGUAAGGAGCAUGGAUUCUUUGGCUUUAGGAAUUCUAAGAAUUCAUUUAUUACCUGGAUUGAUAAAAUGAAAGCUUAUAAGGUCGUGCCUUGAAUAUUAAUUUUGUGUAUAAUAAUACCACAAUGGCUAAGUUUAUGUAUUAUUGAUGUGCCAAGUUGAUUGAAUGUUGCAAUAAGUUAUAUAAUUUCUCAAUUUAUUUACA